AAAAAAAGCUUGACUAAUUCAGUUUCAUUGAUUAAUUCGUCGCCUGCAAAGGAACAAGUUCAGGUUUAUUCCAUGCUGAAAAGGAGAGAGACACGACGCUUCGGCUGGGUGUCACACCUGAAAGAAGGCAGGUUCAUUUCAUCCGUCUGAGGAGGAGACGCGUCGUGCUCAGCUGCUCAGCUGCUCGGUACCACACAGUGCGCAGUCUGAGAGCGCUAACCUAGCAGGCAUCCGCCACCUUCUUGAGGCUCUCAAAUAAUUCGGAUUUAGAAAAAAAAAUACAUAUUAAGCAAAAAUAAACGCGCGUGUGUGUGCGGACAGCCAACGGGGAUAUUCAGAGACAGACGGUUCUCCAACGUGUUUUUGUCUUCACUUUUUUUUUUAUAUCACGAUUCACAUUGACCUCGAUUCCGAGGAUUAGAGGGGGUGUUUAAAGGGAUGCUUUGAAUCGUUCGGAUUUGUUGUUGUUUUUUUAAUCUCGGUUAUAUGUCGUGCCAGCGCUCGGAUGCCUUAUUCUGUUGGUGUUUUUUUUUGACGGAUAAUGACUGAAGACCCCGCUCUUCACGGCAGGAACGGGGGGAAAACGCUGGUUUUGCACCCUGACCCAGGCAGAUGAGGAUCCAGCCGAUGUCUGCCACGGUGGGGUUUGCCGGGGAAGGGGAACAAGCGCCGACGAGCCCAGCACGGCGUGGAUGAGCCGCCGGUCCCCACGGAAGCUCUUCCCUGGAUAAAGAUGUAACAGACCCCGAAACAGACAACACUGAGAGAGAGAGAGCCGUACCUUCGCGGCCGGACCGUGCCGCGCCGAGCCUCCGCAGGCAUGCCAGGACUGCGCGGAAAGGGGGUCUUCCUCUGUCUCCUGCUGUGGUCGGCCAGCUGCGUGUUCCUGUUCUGCGAGUAUCUCAUCUACUUCCCGGCGGUGUGGCGCUGCUCCUGGCCGGAGCCGGGCGGUGGGUCCGGUGGGUCCGGCGGGUCGGGCGGGCAGGCUGCCCCGGUGCUCCGCGCCCUGGUGCUGUCGGAUACCCACCUCCUGGGUGCCCUCCGGGGACACUGGUUCGACAAGCUCCGCAGGGAGUGGCAGAUGGAGAGAGCCUUCCAGACUGCCCUGUGGCUCCUGCAGCCAGAGGUGGUCUUUAUUUUGGGCGAUAUAUUUGAUGAAGGAAAAUGGAGCUCCCCAGAGGACUGGGAAGACGACGUGAGGCGAUUCCUGCAGAUGUUCCGGCACCCCAGUGACACGGAGCUGGUGGUUGUAGUUGGAAACCAUGAUAUCGGGUUCCAUUAUGAGAUGAGCUGGUUCAAGCUGCAGAGGUUCGAGAAGGUGUUCAAUGCCACCUCGGCCAGGAUAGUGACCAGGAAAGGAGUGAACUUCCUCCUGGUGAACAGUGUGGCUCUUCAUGGAGACGGCUGCUCCAUCUGCCAGAGUGUGGAGAAGGAGCUCUUCCGACUGUCCCACGCGCUCAACUGCUCGACGCAGGCCGGUUCCAUGGGAGAGCGCUGCCGUGAUGUGAGAAAGCUUCCUUCAUCUCGCCCCAUCAUUCUUCAGCACUACCCUCUGUACCGCGCGAACGACGCUGGCUGUGCCGGAGAGGACGCGGCGCCCCCGGAGGAGAGGAACCUGCUUUUCAAGGAGCAGUACGACGUCCUGUCCCAGGCCGCCUCUCAAAAGGGCAGUUUUACAUCGGAAACCUUCAACCUGUCCAAGUGUUUCCUGCCGCAGGAGAGCACAGUCAUUGCCAUCUACUGUGCUUGCGCUGCGGUGCUGAUCGUCCUGACGCUCGUUCACUUCCACCUCUUUAAAGGCACGCUGCACUGUGCCAGCUGUCUGAUGAGCAAGCACAAGUCCCUGUGAGCUCUGAAGUCAUACCCAACUACAAGUGUUUUGUGUGAGUUACCUAAACCAACCAUUACAGACUUGCAGAACAAGCACAAUUUUUUAGAAGAUGUCACAGCACAAAGUACUGGGUUUCAUUCAUCCUAUGAUUCCCUUUUCUUGUUUCCAAACCUCCAGAAGUACUGGGACAACAACGUCAAAACUUUUGUUGGGGGGGGGUUUACAGUCAAGCAAUUUGUAUCUGUGAUCAGGUGAUGACAUGAAUGGCAAGUACACAACACUUGCUUUUUAUUAUCGGGUAUUUUCCAUGCCCACUUUUAAUCUCGAUUGGACACAUUCACUUUUAACUAAAUGUCAAGAGUGUAGAAGUCAGCGUUCGGGUGCACAUCCCCUUGGGUGACCCGCAUGAACUCUCCAACCCACUGUGCUCAUUAAAAACUUUGCGUAAGAAUUGUAGAUGUUGUGCUGUGGCCAGUCUGUGUUUUCUUCUACACGUGGUGUGUUAUUUUCAGCAUGUGAACUGCUGCUGGGAUAGAUUGGAAGCCGAGAUCCGUGUGGCCCGGCUGAUUUCACACUUCUCUCCUCCUUGGCUAUGACGGCCGUGUGUUUCGGAUGACCACUGCGCUUGCCUGCUGGAGAAUCGGCCAGUAAAUCUGAAAGAAUUUUCUUCUCCAUACGAAAGCGAGUCCCUGAUGCGGCAGAGGCGAGGGCGCCCACGUGAACCCCAAAGUGUUACGAUAUAAAUACAUAUAAAUAUAAAUGAGAAAGACCUGGGUGUUCUUGUCGACACACUGUUUAUACCUUCUAAACACUUAAAAGGCUAACAAAAUGUUCGCAUAUACGGACGGUGUAGAAUUUAAAAAGAGGAUGUUAUGCUAAAAUUGUAUAACGUUCUUUAAAGGUAUAAUUUGGAAUACUGUUUACACUUUUGGUGUCCAUGUUCUAGAAAAGACAAUGGUAAUCCCAUGUGAACCCCGGAGCGUUACAGUAUGUUUUUGUUACAAUAUGAUCAAAUCAAAUGUAUGCUUGGAAUUACAUAAAAUAAUAUUGUAUUUGUCGUAUGUAUCUCAUGAUUACAAAUACAAAGCGCCUGACUGCCAAGCGAGAGUAACAUGUUUGGAGGGCACUGUAACCAUGAGGCCUUUAUGCUGCUUCUCCUGAAGACACGACCCGUUAUAGGAUGGGGUGAUUUUCGGGAAUAGCAGGAUUCUGGAUUAAUAGGGCCAGAACCGUUUCUGUAAACUCAAGUGUGUAUAAAACUGUAAUGCAAAAAAUUCAAGCACCGAUAAAAAAUGGAGUAAUUAAA